UCUUUUACCCAAAACCCCCCCACUAAUUCUUUUCAACCAAAAUUCAUAGCCUUUCCAAGAAAAACGAGAGCUACCCACCAAAAAAAAAAAAAAUGCCUCAAUUUCUUCUUCUUCUUCUUCUCUUCAUUGCUUUUCUUCCUUCUCGUGCCCUCAACAUUGGCGUCCAAGCUCUCGAUGCCUCCAUAACUAUGAGUAAAGAUUGCAGUAGAAAAUGCGAAUCGGAGUUCUGCUCAGUGCCUCCACUUUUGAGAUAUGGGAAAUAUUGUGGGCUGUUGUACAGUGGGUGCCCUGGUGAACGCCCUUGUGAUGGCUUGGAUGCUUGUUGUAUGAAGCAUGAUGCUUGUGUUGUUGCCAAGAAUGAUGACUAUCUAAGCCAAGAGUGUAGCCAAAGCUUCAUAAAUUGCAUGGAGAACUUCAAGAGAUCAAAGUCAGCUCCUUUCAAAGGAAACAAAUGUGAAGUUGAUGAAGUCAUUGAUGUCAUAUCCUUUGUUAUGGAAGCAGCCCUUAUUGCAGGCAGAGUUUUUCACAAGCCCUAGCUUUAUUACAAAUACCCUUUUAAUUUCUCUUUUUUAUUUUCCUUUUUAUUUCUAUUUAUCUAACUUUGAUUAUCUCUUCAUUUUCCCUUGUUGUUUGGCAUGGAACAUUUACACCCAAUGCUCUCACUUUCUUUUAAUUUCCUCCCUAUUCUCUUAGACAAUGCCAACAAAAUAUAUAUGAUUUUUUUUUAAUCUUUUUUAUU